UUUGAAGCAGCAUAAAAGGGGACCUAAAACUAAGACAGAAAUAACAAGUAGCGGACCGUUUCUGCCCUCACCACAAAUGCAUUUCCUGAGGUGAAGUUGAGGAGAGAUGCUGCAACACAGUGCUGCAUUGGUUCAUUGGAAUCAGUACCAGACGAAGGAACUCUCUUCUACAAAACACAAACGGGCAUUGAAGGUUAGUGAAGAAGAUAAAUCCUAAGAACGGCUCGGCCUAUGUCAAGUUUUAUGAAUAUGACAUGUCCGAAUGUGACAUGUUUGCAUCCAGAACAAAAUCAGAUUUUUGUUGGUGUGUAUUCAGUGGUCUUUAUAUUUGGUCUAACCCUUAACCUGACCGCACUUGUGGUAUUUUUCCGAAACUCUAAAUCCAGUUCUCACACCACCGUGUACAUGAUUCACCUGGCCUUUGCUGACAUCCUUCUGGUUUGUACACUUCCCGUGCGGAUCUAUUUCCACAGUGUAUUGGGGGGUCUGCAUCUGACAGUCUGUAAACUUUCUGGUCUCGUAAUGCUAAGCAACAUGUACAGCAGCAUCUUCCUCCUUACAUGCAUUAGCUUUGACCGUUGCAUAGCAGUCUGCUUCCCGCUGUCUUCCCUUGUCCGAGAAGGCCGCAAGAAAGCAUGGUGCGUGUGUCUGGGAAUCUGGAUCCUCACUAUCGCAACAAGCUUGCCUAUCUACUUCACAAAGAAGACAAAACCCGGAGAGCAUAACAUGGCAUGUUUUGGUGGUUUUCCUCACUAUGCAACUGAAAAAGCUCCUCUUGUUUCCACUCUGAUUAUGGGGUUUGGGAUCCCACUAUUUAUUAUGAUCCUGAGCUCGUGGGGGCUUAUCCAGGCUAUAAGUAAAAGCACGGCUGUCCAGACCAGCGACUUAAUAGACAGCGCAAGGAUUAAAAGGAUGAUAAUAACAAACUUAACCAUUUUUCUGUUCUGUUUUCUGCCGUAUCAUAUCAUGCUCUUGAUACUGCAUUUCAAAAAAUGUACAUGCACGCUGUUAACAGCCUACAGGUAUAGCCUCAUGGUAGCUUGCCUGAAUGCGAUGCUGGAUCCUGUGGUGUACUACUUCACGACGGAGACAUUUCGAAAAAAAAUGGAUGUCGAAUCUGUACGCAAAAUAUGGCCAAUGAACAGUCACAGCUCGGAUGGAAACGCACGCUCACGUGCCCCGUUCACAACAUGACAACAUCUUGGUCUACACAACUGUAAAGAUCAAGAUAGGUGUUCAUGUAGGUCUCUCACGUUUAUACUGAGGCACUUUGCAAGGCCGUUCACAUGGAUUUCUGCUUUAUAAGAACGAAACAAGAUGAGAGAUUAUCAUGUAUGACUCAAAUGUUUUUUUUUAAAGGAAACCACAAGAACUUUUCACCUUUCUAAAUUGCAUGCAAGCACAGUAUGCGUAACGUAAAUGUGCUGUGCAGCCUUGGUCUUUAUCAUAUAUGUAUCUCUGAUUAAGUAAAUAAAUGAUUCAUUUAUUCAUUGAUGUGAAACCCCUAUUUUUAGAAUAAAUACACCAGUGUGAGAAAAAGCAUUUUAAUUACAUAUCUGUGCAUUAAAUUUUGCAUGUGUGCAUUUUUGAUAUUUUCACGAUCAUUUUGUAACCUUUCCAGUGCCUAUAUGGACAACAUGUAUGUAUAUAUGUUAACAUGAAUUUUUUUGUUAUACUGUAAUGUUGAUACUAGUUGUUUGAAAACCACCAAAACUCUUUUUCCUGUCUGUUUCCACACCCUUCCCCCUCUCUACCACAUCCGAUUGACCUUGUGCAUCUUGCUUGUGCUGAGUACAAAAGAAGUUGUGUAAAUACGUUAAUAAAAUCGCUUAAAUACUC